UUAGUUAUUUUUUGUAGUUUCUGGCCAAUCUGUCGAUCAGUCUUCUGUUUUUUUUUUUUUUUUUUUUUUUUUUUUUGACAAUCGGUGUUCUUGCUGAAGGGGUUGGAUUAGGGUUGACCUUGGUUAUUGUGCACUUCCUGUCGAUGACAGCACGCCGGUGGCGGCUUAACUCUUUGUUAACUGUGAUGGCUGGUAAGAGAAAGGCCGAGCCGGGAGCAACGGGUGCUGAUUCUGGAACUGAGGAGGGACAAAGAGAUGGAUGGAGUGCAGAGGGCACGGCGGACGCGUUGGGAUCGGGAUCGGCAUCGGCACCGGGAUCGGGAAGCUCCACUGGUAGUGACGAGUCGCAACUGCACAGGGAGGGCAAGGACAAAAUGGCCAGGAUAGCUCAAGACCCGAAGGGCAAAGUGGAGGUGGAGGAGGAGGUGGAGGAGGAGGAGGAGGAAGAGGAGCGGAGAGAGGAGAAGGGUAAAUUGAGGGAGGAAGGGAAGGAGAAGAAGGGGAAGCUAGUGUCUACUGCUGUUGCACGAGACGACGGCGAGCAGAAGGAGAAGGAGAAGGAGGAGGAAGGCAUUAUGGGGUCGGUCAAGGACAGUGGACUUGGAGGAGAUGUUGGUAAGAUGGGAGAGAGAGAGAAUGAGAGGGAGGAGGAUGGACCUCAUCGUAUUGUAGCUGAUGGGGUCGCAUCAAAUGGAAGUAGUCUUGCUGAUGUUCAAACCGUUCCAUGCGCAGACGUCGGAGUGAGGGGCUCGGUGAAGAAACGGGGGUUGCUUCAGCGAUUGCUCGGGGUUGGUCUUUUAAAGGACUUCGGUGGGGAACUGUCAGAUCGGCUAAGGCAGUUAAGCGGGCCCCAGUGGGCCCUUGUAGUUGGCGGCCUGGGAGCGCUGUUUCCCGUUGGAACAACGCUGUCUCUGGCACUCGGUGGGCCCACGGUCAUUCUCGGUGCGACAGUGCUGCUGCUUGCAUCGCCGGUCAUUAUUCUGUCGGCUCCGCUGUGGAUUCCGCUAGCCUUCUUUCUUCUGUCUAUUGGGGGUGUUGCCCUCGGCGCCGGAGGUGGAGCCAUCUCCUUCAUGGGUGUGGCCUGGUGGUUGGUCAGACACGUUAGGGGAGACCAGCAGCCUCUUCCAGUUGGCGCGCUUGUGGCUCAGGCUCGUGCAUUGGCUCGCCAGCAAACAAAUGCCAGUUGACGUCAACUAGAAUCUCCAAUCUCUGAGAUUGAUAACGCGGUCAUGGGAAACAGCACCGAGGGUUCGCGAGGAAGACGACAGCAACGUGGAGUUUUCGACUCCCUCGUUCAUCGGAACAGAACGUUUAUAAGGUCAUAAUAGUUGGAGCUGGGGAGUUGUGCGGAGGGGGUAUUCUACAAAUUUUCCCAAGUUGAACUGUUUUUUUUUCCCUGAGAACAUUCACGGAGAGGUUAAUGAGCCAGUUGAGGUGGACUUGUGGACAGCCGGCCGAAUCAUUUUUUGCGAUGAUUGAGAUUCGUGAGUGGGUGGAGAGUUGUUCUUCUUUAUUUUCUGUUCUUUUUUAUUUUCUGUUCUUCUUUUUUUUUCUGUUUCUCCAACUUUUCCGGUCGUCUCAUUUUGCGUCUAGUUAGUUAAGUGACUUAAGUCCACCGACAUGACCAGAAUCCAGAUUGGUUGCAAGUGCGUGGGUGAGGAGGUCUGCGUUUUUUUUUUUCUGUUUUUUUUUCUUUUUUUUUGUCCUUCUUUUUUCGGUUAAAUAUUUUCCCUUUAAUUGAAUCCGGUGUAUCAUGGGGAUAGCUGCGAUCAGUGCGAGGGUGUAUGGCUGGCGAUGAUCAUGGUUACAAUAGCGGUGAUGAUUGUGGUCCUUGUGGGAAAUGAAUCACUGAAUUGUGG